ACGCGUUCCGUAAUGGUUGUGUUUAGUGUUAUUGCAAACGUGCGCGAAAACUUUACGAUGCAGUGAAAACUUUUUGUGAAUUGUGAGUUGUGACUGUGCUUUUUCAAAAUGAUGUGUGUCUACGUGUUUAUUUUACUGGCUCUGGCCAUGAACAUUGCGUCGGAAGCCACGGUACGGAUAUGUGAACCUAUUAAAGUAGCGAUGUGCAAGAAUAUUGGAUAUAAUCAAACCGGGAUGCCCAAUCUGGCGAGGCAUACCUUGCAAGCUGACGCCGACGUCACCCUUCAGACAUUUAGCCCCUUGGUGCAGUACGGGUGUUCGUCUCAGUUACAUUUAUUUUUAUGUGCGGUUUACGUGCCAAUGUGUACGGAUAAGGUCGCUCUACCGAUUGGACCAUGUAGAGGAUUGUGCGAGAGUGUUUACGAAAGGUGUUAUCCCGUGCUCAGAGGAUUCGGGUUCCCGUGGCCGGCUGAGCUCGAUUGUUCUCUCUUUCCAGUAGAAAACAAUCACGAACACAUGUGCAUGGAAGGCCCCGGAGAGAGAACUGUAUCUGGAACGAUACCGCUGGAUACCUCGAAUGCUAACAGUAGAAGUGCUUGUAGAAGGCUUAUUAAGCCAAACAGUUGGAUUUGGUUGAGGGGAUCGAGCCGUUGUGCGCAAUAUUGCGACGCGGAAGUUUUAUGGGAGGCAGGGGAGAGCAAAGCUGCGGAAGUUUGGCUGGCUACAUGGGCAGCGUUAAGUUUUGUUUGUACUUUGGCUGCGGUAGUAGCUCAGUUGGCUUGUGGAGAUCGGGGAGGUGCUGGAGAACGUGCCUUGGUCUUGGUGGCGCUGUGCAGAUGCGCGGCCGCAGCUGGUUGGGGCGUCAGAGCGGCGGCGGGGCGCACGGCCGCGGGCUGUGCUAAAGAGUCCACAUCGCCAACAAGAAUGCUUCUGGCUCACGAUGGUCUGGAAAAUCCUAACUGCGCUGUCGUCUUUCUACUUCUUUACUACUUUGGAAUGGCAGCGUCUGUGUGGUGGGUCGUGGUAGCUGGCGCCUGGCGCGCGAGUGUCCUGCGCCCUCCCACCACCCCUGCAACAUCUCGCAAUGACAGACACUCUUCCUUGCUGCAGCUAGCUGCUUGGGGCGUGCCUGCUGCGCUCACUGCAGCAGUAUUGGUCACUAGAGAUGUAGACGCCGAUGAAUUAACUGGUACAUGUUAUGUGGGAAAUCAAUCCAGCAAAUCUCUACUCGCUCUCGUUAUCAUUCCUGAAGCUAUUUGUUUGCUCUUGGGCUCCGUAUUUUUGGCAUCGGGACUUCGAACAGUUCUUCGGCGGCCUACACCGACUCUAGCACCAGGGCCACUUUUGAAUGGUCCUCCACAAGCACACACUGAUCAAAGCAUACUACGACUCGGUGCCUUUACUGCCUUGUAUGCUGUUCCUUCUGCUUGUAUACUAGCGACCUGGAUUUAUGAAUUUGCUUGGAGAGACGACUGGCUUGCAGCUCCUGUGCCUUCUUCUGAACCGUCAACGCAACCACGACCAGCUUUUUGGGUGUUUUUAUUCCGAAUAUUUGCAACCCAAGUAUUAGGUGUGAUGGUGGCUGUGUGGAUUGCAACACCAAGACUUAAAGCGUUAUGGAGAAGAAUAAGCAGCCCAAGGAAACCCGCAUUAGCAAAAUCACCUGUCGGACCACCACCAACACCUUUAACAUUACACUGUUAUGCAGGACAUCCCCACACACUGAAUCGACAUCCACAUAAAUAUGCAACUUAUAGACCUCCCCAACAGCAAUCUUAUCGGAAACCAAGGCAUUAUCACUACUCUGCUGGUGAAACUAUUCUAUGACACCCCAAUACUUGUAAAUUUAAAAUACCCUAUCUAAUUUAUGUUUUGAUAUAGUGAUUUAAAAACUAUUGUGCCAUCUGUGUUUAAAAUAUUAAAAUGAUGUAAAGACAACAUUAAAAAUAAGAAUACAUAGAUAUAUUAUAAUUCGAUGUAUAAUGAACCUGUGUCAAUUGUAAUUUAAACAAGAAACAUUUUAGCAGACUAUAAAGUUUCAUAAUUCAUCUUUAUAAUUCGCAGUAAUUCUUGCCACUAUGUAACUAAAAGACUGGAGGAAGAAAUAGCAAAUAAGAAGUGAAGAAAGUAUAAGUAAUAAAUUUACCUCGCAAAUUACAUUAUUAUAUACUAUAAAGGUUUUAAAUAAUACAUAUGUCAUUGAGUUACUAUGUACUACGUACUAGAGAGGAAAUCGC